AUGGGCGACGGGGCCUGGGACGAGGGGGGCGGCUGGGAGGAGGGUGCAUCCUGCGGCGGCAGCAAUGGCACAGGCGCUUGCACCUCUCACGAGCACCAAGAGCAUCACCACAGCCAUAAUCACCAUGAUCACCAACAUCACCAGCAGCAAGCAAAGGCGGCUCCCGGCAGCCCCAAGUCUGUCGCAGCCGCCCCAUGCUGCAGCAGCAGCAGUUGCAGUGGGCCAACGGCGGCGGGUGGCGGUGUUGUGGGCAGCUGCGGGGCUGGCGUCCAGGGCGCCGGCGGCGCAUGCAGCAAGCCGGCGUGCUGCUCGCAGCACCACCAGCACAGCAGCUCCUGCUCCAGUGGGAGUGGCAGCACAGCAGACGGUGUGGCUGUCGUGUCGUGUGCCUCGGGCGCGUGCGGCAGCACGUGCAGCAGCAGCGGCGCCUGCAGCGGUGGUCCCCACGUUCACGGCCAUCAUUCAAAGGCCCAGCAGCAGCAGCAG